CGAGGACGGGGAAACCACGGGAAGUGACGAGUUAGAAGGCUAGCCAUAUUGUAAUUGGAUAUAAAUUUUAGAUAUGAAUCAUGAUCUUGUAUUUGGAGAUUUUAUUAUAUCAGAGUAAAUUCUAAAGAUUUGAUCUUCAGAUUUUGAUGGUAUCAGAGUGUGAAUGUGAUAAGUUCCGAGCCUUGUGCAUUUGUGGGACCCGUCUCACGAGUGCACGGCGUCUGUCGCGUCUCGAAAUUGGGUUUUGGGGCGUGACAGGAACUUUGAUUUUGAUCCUCAUGUUGUCUUUCUUUCUCUUUUGAACUUAAGUCUUAUUGUAGUGCCAGCAUUGACAUCUUUCAUUAUCUUUUUGCUGUGAACCAUAUCAUUUGAUCCUCUCCUUAUGGUUGCAAUUUGCAAAAUCUUGAAGCUUCAAUUUGGGGCUGUCAGUUUCAUACCACCAUUGCCCAUGUGAUAUUUGUUUCUAAUUUCCAUUAUGACUUGCUAUUUUUAUGUGUAAUUUCAUUUUAUUGAAGAGAAAUCUUAAAAUGGUGAGAAAUUAAUUGGGAGUAAAUUAAGGGAGGUGUCAUUUGUCAUUAUUGAUCAUGUUUAAUUUUCUAUAUUGUUAUAUGUGUUUGUGUGCGUGGGGUGGGAGUGCAAUUGGUUAUAUUUUGUCUACUACAUUGACAUAUCAGUUGUGUUGUUUAACAUCAAGCUUUUUUUUUUUCAUUUUUAAUUAUAUAUGAUAUCUUGUCCUCAUUAUACAAUCCCCCCUCCUCUUAUAUACAUGUAGACAUACAUUAAUUGUUAUUGUUUCCUUCUAGAUUUUAAGGAUAAAACACAUUGCAAACUUAGAUUGGCAUAUGUUUUGAGGACUAUUUGAGAUGUUUGAUUCAAUUUUUUGCAGAUUCCUCGAUUAGAAUUGAAAUCUUUAUUAUUUUUAUAUUGUUUGUAUUGAAUCUUAUUUCCUUUCACUUGAAAGCUUAGGAGGUUGUUUUGAUAGAUUGAAAGGUUACCAGCAUGGCUACACCAUACACCAAGUUUGUUAUUCUUCUUCACUUUUUGUUGGAGGGAUUAGUGAUUGAAAAAGAGAUUCAAGUAAUUUAUCACCCUGAAUGCUUUGCAACAAGUGUGAAAGCUUGUAAAAAACCGUAGAUAAAUAGAAUUUUGAGAGACCCCAAGACUGCACCUAGUUGUAUUAAACCUUUAAGGGAUUUUUGUAUUUUUUUUCCCUUUGGUUUUACCUUUUUAACGGUAGUGUGAAGAAACGUGUCAAUCUUUU